AUGCUCGUCUUCUGUAAAGUCGAAUAUUUUCUUUGGAAUGACGGAGGGCCCGACUUCUUCCCUUCGCCGAUCCUUUGUUGGUGUUAUGUUGUAAUUUCCAUCCUAGUCGUCGUUCUGCAAGGGGCGAAUCAACUCUUCUCCAACUCAGAUAUUGCCCAGACUGUCAUGGUUGUGUUUGAAUCUUCCAUGCUGCUCACGCACGACAAUGUGCUCCUGUUUGUGUUUGACAUGCUCGAGUCCUACAACCUGUACUCUCUCUACGGAAAGAUUCAGACAGCAACUUUCCUCAUGGAUUUGUCGGCGAUCCUGAACCUGAUCAUGUUGCUUCUCACCUAUGGGAUGCUGACAUUGCUUCACGUUGGAGGAUACGCCGAAGAUGUACAGCAGAGAAAUCGAAUGAAACUCCAACAGAGAUCGCCUCAAAUCACUCUUGACACCAGCACAGACAGUUCUGUUGUCGCUGAACAAGCAUCAACGGUUCCAGCUACGCGCAUGGCAUCAGCCUUUCCCGCAUACUGGCAUUUAAGACAUGAGGACGACGCAGACUGCUGCUUUGACGUGACAGCAGAGUGGAAAGAGAGGAUGCAGGAGCUUAUCUCCACGACAUGCAAGGCAGAGGGAGUGGGAAAGGGGCGAAUGAAUUCAAACAUAGGACACACAUAUCUCGUUGUCGAUCGAGUUUUGCGCAUCGAAAACCAUCUAAGUUGGAAAGCAUACUCGUGGCAAAGAGAUGUGGUUGCUGAGCAGCUCAAGAAGAAUGGGGUAAAGCAGGAGCCAACGGCAGUUGCCACCGCCAGGUCCUGGAUGCAUCAAAGUCUCCAGCUGCACGAAGGCAGCAACGAAGUGCUCUUGCUCCACGGUACACCGGCGGAGCAGGUCAGCAAGAUCGUCGAGGAGGGAAUGCUGGAUGAGAGGAUGUUCAGCUCAGGGGGCAUCUUUGGAGGAGGGAUCUACUUGGCGGAGAACUCGAGCAAGGCUGACGAGUACUGCGACCCAGAUCCUGACGGCUCCUGCUGGAUGUUCCUCGUCCGCACCGUCCUCGGACAACCUUUCAUGGCGCUGGCCCCCAGGAGGGACUCGAGGAGGCCCCCGAGGAUCGAGGGGACACCCAGGCUGUACGACUCAGUGAUCGGACUAUCCCGGCAGCAGGCCCCCCGAGCGUGCCGAGGCAUUCAUAGGGAGUUCGUCGUGUACGACCGGAGGCAGGCAUAUGCUGAAUUCCUCAUCGGACAGUCAGUUCCUGUCUCAUUCCAGUACAAAAAUAACCAAGAUGGGCGAGGAGAGCAGGAGAAGGAGCAGGACCAGGACCAGGACCAGGCCCAGGCCCAGGACCAGGAUCAAAAGCAGGACCAGGACCAGGAUCAAGAGCAGGAUCAGGAUCAGCAUCAAGAGCAAGAGCAGGAGCAAGAGCAGGAGCCGAGCAAGUGGCGCGACUCGACGAAGAAGUUUGUGGUGUCUGUCAGGUUAUGA